AUGGCGGUUUCGUAUCGCUCUCGUCUUCUGUGGGGCGUUGUUUUGAUUCUGUUCUACAAAAUCUACCUGUUAAAUUGCAUUAUAACAUUCCACGGAAAUGACACAGGUAAACUCUCGCGCUCUGCCGAGUCAGCAAAUAUCAAAGGAGAUAUUAUUCUUGGGGGGUUGUUCCCUGUGCAUCAGAAGGGAGACGAUGGCGCCGAAUGUGGCGCAAUUAACCUACAGCGGGGAGUACAGCGCCUCGAGGCGAUGCUUUUCACUGUCGAUCGCAUCAACUCAGACGAGGAAGUUCUUCCCGGAAUUAUACUGGGGGCCGAGGUUUUUGACACUUGUUCAAGAGGAACGUAUGCCCUUGAAAGGUCACUCGAGUUCAUACGAGCAUCGUUCGCCAAUCUGGAUAGCGCUGAUUUCAAGUGUGACGAUGGUUCAAUAGCAAAGGCGAAUGCAACGCCACGUGCGAUCGCGGGGGUCAUAGGUGGCUCUUACAGCAGUGUGUCCAUACAGGUCGCUAACCUUUUACGUUUAUUCAAACUUCCUCAGAUCAGUUAUGCGUCAACUAGCGCGGACCUUAGUGAUAAAAAGCGCUACGAUUAUUUCGUGAGGACAGUUCCGCCUGAUGGCUUCCAGGCUAAGGCCAUGGCAGACAUUGUCCAGUUGUUUAACUGGACGUACGUGUCCACGGUGGCCUCAGAGGGCGAUUAUGGGCAAUCUGGAAUAGAAUCUUUCCAAAACGAGGCUAGAUCCAGGAAUAUAUGUAUUUCUAUUUCAAUUAAAAUAAUUUCAAAUUCUAAUCAAGAUACGUUCGACACAGCUAUAGAGGAUUUAGAUAGUAAGAAAAACGCCAUGAUUGUUGUGUUGUUUCUUCGCGUGGAAGACGCCCGUAAUUUAUUAAUUGCAGCGAAGAGAAAACAACUCUAUAAUCGUUUUACUUGGAUUGCGAGUGAUGGUUGGGGCAUGCAAGACAAACCAGUGUUAGGGAACGAGGACAUGGCGGAGGGGGCAAUGACUAUAGAGCUCGAUUCCACUUUAAUGCCGGAAUUCGAUACUUAUUUUUUGAAAUUAAAACCAGGUACAAAUAAAAGAAACCCAUGGUUCAAGGAAUACUGGGAAACGGUCCAUGAGUGUAAGUUUCACGGAAAAAGUGACCUUCCCAUCACGGAUCAAGUGGUCAAGAAUUGUACUGGUCAAGAGAAAAAACUCGAAGCUUACCAACAAGAGACUAAGGUCCAGUUUAUAUAUAACGCUGUCUACGCUAUGGCUCGCUCUCUGGACCGGAUGCAGAGAGACGUGUGUCCAAGUACAACGAAACUCUGUGAAAAUAUGGAAAAAAUCGACGGGGAGCGACUUCUUAAAGAUUACAUCCUCAAUACAUCAUUUAGCGAUGGUUAUGGUGCAACGGUCCAGUUUGAUUCCAAGGGCGACGCACUGGGUCGAUAUCGGAUCAUGAACUACCAAAAGAAUUCCAAAACCAAAAAGUACGAGUACGUCGUGGUGGGAAAUUGGUCGAUGUCCAGGUCUUUACAGCUGGACGUGGACCGUCUUGUUUGGUCAUCUGGAGCAACCGGAGUCUUCCCAGAGUCCAGAUGCAGCCAGCCAUGUAACUUUGACCAGUACAAGUAUAUCGGAAAGUCAGGAGAUUCCUGUUGUUGGGUUUGCAUUACUUGUCAGGAUUUCGAAUAUCUGAAAGAUGAAUUUACGUGCGAGGAUUGUGGUCGGGGAAGAUGGCCAAAUAAGAAUAAAAGAGAUUGCCACGUGCUUCCGAAACAAUACAUGCAGUGGGAUACGGUGUAUGCUCUUGUUCCCAUGGUGUUAGCGUGUGUAGGUCUUAUCGCAACUCUAGCCGUAAUUCUCACGUUCAUGAAGUUUCACGAUACUCCCGUUGUCAUGGCAUCCGGACGAGAGCUGAGCUACUUCCUGUUGUCCGGAUGUUUGAUGUGUUACUUUAUAACCUUCAUAUUAAUUGCCAAACCCUCUACUAUCAUGUGUGCCAUACAGAGGUUCGGGGUGGGUUUUGGAUUCUCUGUGAUAUAUUCAUCCUUAUUAACGAAAACCAAUCGAAUAUCGAGAAUAUUUGACAGCGCAAGGCGGUCGGCAAGACGACCCCCUUUCAUCAGCCCUAAAUCACAAAUUGUUAUAACAUGUAUUUUAAUUCUAAUUCAAAUAUUAUUUACUAUUGUUUGGCUUGUAAUCGAGCCCCCGGGAACUCGUAUAUAUCUACCUAACGGUAAGAGGAACGAAGUGAUUCUUAAAUGCAAGACGGAUGACAUUUCUUUCCUGGUAUCGCUAAUGUAUAACAUGCUGUUAAUUAUUGUAUGUACACUUUACGCUAUAAAGACAAGAAAGAUUCCGGAGAAUUUUAAUGAGUCGAAGUUCAUUGGAUUUGCCAUGUACACAACCUGUAUCAUCUGGCUCGCCUUCAUUCCCAUAUACUUCGGCACCCUCAACUCUUUCCAGGUCCAGAUCACCACCUUGUGUAUCUCGAUCAGCUUGAGUGCUACUGUGGCCCUCCUGUGUCUGUUUACCCCCAAAAUGUACAUCAUCGUGUUCCAGCCGGGGAAGAACGUACGCCGCCUGACUAUGAACUCUGCCAGCUAUAACAAGAAGCCCCAGACCACGACAAGUUCCAUUCUCACCAGCAACAAUCACGAUGCGUUUUCAGAGAGGAUUAAGCUGAGCGUUAACUACGACCAAAGAUUUGGGGUCACGACCACGGCGGAGAAGGAUGACAAAGAAAAGGACACGCCCGCUUCGUCUCUGUAAACAAACCGAUGAUUUGACCAGUUACAGCAAGACUAUUCCUCUUUAUAGCUUGUCGCAUUUCGAUCUAUAGCUUUACACCUAUAUCGUAAUAAUCCUGUUUGGGCCUUCGCUAUACACAUGUUUCUAGUCACUAUCAUUUGUCUACAAAAUGUCAAUGCACAACAAAAUGCAAUUACACGUGUUGUGGUAUUUGGUUCAAUUAAUGUUGUUGAAAAUGAUUUUGCAAAAGACACGAAUCUGUUUUAUUAUUUCCUAGUUUUCAAUCCAGACAUCAAAAUAUUAUAUAUAUUUCGUUCUGAUAUGGAAAACCUUUAU